AUGUCGAAGCGACCAUUAAGUACGGAAAACAUUGACAAUACUACGGCCGAAAGUAGAAAGAGGGGGAGAAUAGCUUCGGAUGGUUUGGAGACCUCGGGAGCCAAUCUCUCUCAACAAGGAGCGAAUUCGGAAUAUACAGUCGGCUGGAUUUGCGCUCUAGCUACGGAAUCUGUAGCAGCCCGAGCCUUCCUCGAUGAAGAAUACGGCGGCCUUGAAGCAGUCGCCCAGCACGACAACAAUAGCUAUAUCUUGGGCAAGAUCGGCAGUCACAAUGUCGUAAUUGCCGUUCUGCCUGAUGCAGAAUAUGGCACAACGUCCGCGGCGGCAGUAGCUCGAGACAUGCUUCACAGCUUUCCGAACGUACGCAUUGGAUUGAUGGUCGGCAUUGGAGGUGGUGCGCCUAGUCUGAAGCGUGAUAUCCGACUCGGGGAUGUAGUAGUCAGCAGUCCCGGUGGCGGGAAAGGCGGCGUAUUCCAGUACGACUUUGGCAAGACCAUUCAGGAUCAGACGUUCCAAGAGACUGCAUUCUUGGACCAACCACCCACGGUGCUGCGGGCGGCUGUAAGCACGCUCAAAGGCACAUACGAUAUGAAGGGCCACCAGCUUGUGGACGAUGUGGAAAUGGCAUUGAAGAAGAUUAAGAAGCGGAAAAAAUACAGAAAACCUCCUCCAGCAAGCGAUAGACUAUACAGAUCCGACGUUGUACAUCCUUCGCACUCGUCUGAAAGCUGCGAGAUCACAUGCGGUAAUGACGAGGCCAACUUGGUGGUCCGAGAUAAACGAGAUGAAGAGGACGACGAUCCUGCAAUUCACUACGGUUUAAUUGCCAGUGGAAACCAACUGAUGAAGGAUGCGCGUAUCCGGGACAAGUUAGCGGAUGAAAAGGGGGUUCUUUGCUUCGAGAUGGAGGCGGCCGGUUUGAUGAACCAUUUCCCGUGCCUAGUGAUCCGCGGGAUAUGCGACUAUUCCGACUCGCACAAGAACAAGGAUUGGCAAGGAUAUGCGGCAAUGAUGGCAGCGGCGUAUGCGAAGGAUCUUCUGCGUCAGAUCCCAUCUCAUAAGGUCGAGGAAGAGAGGAGGAUUGGCGAAGCAGUUCAAGAGAGCCUGGGAUACCUACACCAGACGGCGAAUGAGACCAAAGCUGAGGUCGAAACUAUAAGACGCAAUCAUCACCUCGCUGAAGUUGAGAGAUGGCUCCGCCCGCCCGACACAUCGACUAACUUCAAUGAAGCGAGAAGAAAAUGGCACGAAGGGUCUGGGCUAUGGUUCCUCGAUAGCCCUGCCUUCAAUAAGUGGAAGUGUGGAUCGCAUCAUCUGUGGCUUCACGGCUUAGCAGGAUGUGGCAAAACUGUCCUUACUGCGACGAUAGUGGAUCAUCUCCAGAAGAGGAACGAUUGCAUAGUCCUGCAAUUCUACUUCGAUUUCAACGACACUUCGAAACAGAAGGUGGACGGCGUGUUGCGCUCUCUUGUCUUUCAGCUCUACAAAUUAGGAUCUAGUUCUAAGGAGCUUGACAGCCUAUACCAAUCCCACUUCGACUGCCAGAGACAGCCAGACAAUCCAAGUUUAACAAAAACACUCCACGCAAUGUUGAAGGACUCGAAAAAUACUUAUCUAGUCAUGGAUGCACUAGACGAGUGCAUAGAGAGAGGGGAACUGCUCCAGUGGAUGAUGGAAUUCUUCAAAGCGCCCGACCUAGGCCAUGUUCGUAUGAUCGCCACUGGCCGGCCAGAUGAAGAGUUUCUGAGACGCAUUCCCGGUUGGAUAGGCAAAAACAACUGUUUGCAACUCGACAAAGAGGCUGUCAACGCCGACAUACGCUCCUAUGUCACGGUAAAGCUUGAGCAGAGUCCCGAUUUCUUGGAAAAGGAACUGUCUCAGGAUCUUCGCGAACGGAUUCGGAAUGAAGUCGGAGAUAGGGCUGACGGGAUGUGGCAUAGGUUCAGAUGGGCAGCAUGUCAAUUGGCCAGCCUUGCAAAAUGUAUGAGUCCCAGGGAUAUCGAAACAGCUCUUCAGACUUUGCCCCGGGAUCUCAAUGAGACAUAUCAGCGCAUGCUUCAAAACAUACCAGCAAACCUUAAGAAGGAUGCCAUACGUCUCCUACAAUUCCUUGUCCACAGCAAGCGGCCGUUAACGCUACAUGAGGCCGUAGAGGUAAUAGCCACACAGACGGAUGAGGAGCCACGAGGCUUCGACCUAAAGCGCAGGCUUUUUCGCGAUGACGAUAUUCUACAGUACUGCCCCAGUCUAGUGUCAGUUAUUGAUGUCGAAGAUUAUGACGGGGCUAGAAAAGAGCUCCACCUUGCCCAUUUCUCAGUUAAAGAGUAUCUUCUGAAGGAAGGGCAGUUUGGUCUACCUCUUGCUAGCAUUGUCAUUACGAGGACUUGUUUGACAUACCUUACGGAUAUUGAGGGUGGAUGGCGGGAAGUUGAGAAGAGAUUUGCAAUGGCGCAAUAUGCGGCGAAGUAUUGGAUGGACUAUGCCGUUUUGGCGGAAAGAUCAGAAGACGUUGUUCAACUAAGUAUCAAGUUUUUACAGGACGAGUCGACUUUUCAGCGGUGGGUUCAGCUGUACCAGGCGGCCAAAAUGCUGACCAUAGCACCGGAUCCUCGACAAGAAUUGAGACUCUAUUAUGCUUGCCUGGGUGGACUUGUAGCAGUCUCAAGAGCCUUGAUAGACGGAGACGCCGAUGUCAACGCACAGGGCGGCCAUUACGGCAACGCUCUUCAGGCUGCUGCAUAUCGAGGCCACCGAGAUAUUGUUCAACUUUUGCUGGACAGGGGUGCCGAUGUCAACGCACAGGGCGGCCAUUACGGUAACGCUCUUCAGGCUGCUUCAGAGGGAGGCUACCAAGAUAUGGUUCAACUUCUGCUGGACAGGGGUACCGAUUUCAACAUACAGGGCGGCUGGUACGGCAACGCUCUUCAAGCUGCUGCUUCAGAGGGAGGCCACCGAGAUAUUGUUCACCUUUUGCUGGACAGGGGUGCCGAUGUCAACGCACAGGGCGGCUGCUACGGCAACGCUCUUCAAGCUGCUGCAUAUAGAGGCCACCGAGAUAUUGUUCACCUUUUGCUGGACAGGGGUGCCGAUGUCAACGCACAGGGCGGCUGCUACGGCAACGCUCUUCAGGCUGCUGCAUAUAGAGGCCACCGAGAUAUUGUUCAACUUUUUCUGGACAGGGGUGCCGAUGUCAACGCACAGGGCGGCGACUACGGUAACGCUCUUCAGGCUGCUGCAUAUAGAGGCUACCGAGAUAUUGUUCAACUUCUGCUGGACAGGGGUGCCGAUAUCAACGCACAGGGCGGCUGCUACGGCAACGCUCUUCAGGCUGCUGCAUAUAGAGGCUACCGAGAUAUUGUUCAACUUCUGCUGGACAGGGGUGCCGAUAUCAACGCACAGGGCGGCGACUACGGUAACGCUCUUCAGGCUGCUGCAUAUAGAGGCUACCGAGAUAUUGUUCAACUUCUGCUGGACAGGGGUGCCGAUGUCAACGCACAGGGCGGCUGCUACGGCAACGCUCUUCUAGCUGCUGCAUAUAGAGGCUACCGAGAUAUUGUUCAACUUCUGCUGGACAGGGGUGCCGAUAUCAACGCACAGGGCGGCGACUACGGUAACGCUCUUCAGGCUGCUGCAUAUAGAGGCUACCGAGAUAUUGUUCAACUUCUGCUGGACAGGGGUGCCGAUAUCAACGCACAGGGCGGCUGGUAUGGCAACGCUCUUCACGCUGCUGCAUAUAGAGGCUACCGAGAUAUCGUUCAACUUCUGCUGGACAGGGGUGCUGAUAUCAACGCACAGGGCGGCCAUUACGGUAACGCUCUUCAGGCUGCUUCAGAGGGAGGCUACCAAGAUAUGGUUCAACUUCUGCUGGACAGGGGUACCGAUUUCAACAUACAGGGCGGCCGGUACGGCAACGCUCUUCAAGCUGCUGCUUCAGAGGGAGGCCACCGAGAUAUUGUUCACCUUUUGCUGGACAGGGGUGCCGAUGUCAACGCACAGAGCGGCUGCUACGGCAACGCUCUUCAAGCUGCUGCAUAUAGAGGCCACCGAGAUAUUGUUCAACUUUUUCUGGACAGGGGUGCCGAUGUCAACGCACAGGGCGGCUGCUACGGCAACGCUCUUCAAGCUGCUGCAUGUGGAGGCCACCGAGAUAUUGUUCAAUCUUUGCUGGACAGGGGUGCCGAUAUCAACGCACAGGGCGGCGACUACGGUAACGCUCUUCAGGCUGCUGCAUAUAGAGGCUACCGAGAUAUUGUUCAACUUCUGCUGGACAGGGGUGCCGAUAUCAACGCACAGGGCGGCCGGUACAGCAACGCUCUUCAUGCUGCUUCAGAGGGAGGCCACCGAGAUAUUGUUCACCUUUUGCUGGACAGGGGUGCCGAUACCACAGCUCUCGAUGAAAAUGUAUGGCACCACUCACUUAUUUAG